CGGUGUCUGGGAGUGUAAGCGAUGUAAACAAAGUGGAGUGCGGCUCGCUAGCCAAGAGGAGCCAGCAGCAGAAAGAACAGCGGAGAGGAUGACUAGUAACAACACAAAUUCGUCUCUGCUUGAAAUUGACGAUGAUAUUAUCCGGAAACAAUUAUUGCUGCAGGGUGAGGAGGACCUUGAGCUUACUUCCCUGUUUCCAUCACCUUCCACCAAUCCGAAAGCCACCACCAUCAAGCCCAAGCCCGGAUUGUGUUUGAAGACCCGGGAGGACGGCGGCGGCAAGGUGUUCGUCAAUGUGUGUACUAGCGAUGCCCUGCCAGCUCCCGAGAACAUCACGGAGGAGGAACUCAUCAAAAUCCUGGAGUCUGAAGAACCCUCAGACUUCCGGGUCCCCAUGUCCAUCGGCGCGCCCCACAAGGAGAAGGACAAGUCUGGAGAAGAUUGUGUGGCUUAUGAUGUGGUGGUGAGCCCUGAGUUUUUCUCCAGAUUGAAUGACAGUCCUCUUUUCCACAACUUCUUUGUAAUUGCUUCAAUGGAAGGAAUAGAGGAGAAGUUUUCCAUCACCUUGGACAAAAAUGGAUGGACAGUACUCAAGAACAAAAAAUACCAUGGGAAUCUAUCAGACCAGACGGUGCUCACAACCCUCCCUAUGGUGCAAGAGUUGAGUGCAGCGCGCCACUGGAAGCCAAGUGAUGUGCCGGCCUCCUCCACAUGUCCUGAACCCAACAGCACCUCUCUGGAUUCCUCAAAGUCUCCUCCUAAGCCACUCAUCUCAGAAGUAUCCACAAAAAUAAUCUCAGAGAAAAUUGAUAAAAAGAUUCAGCCUUGCUUCACCCUCAGUAAAUCUGCGGGAGAGGGUGGUAUGGAUGACCUUGUGGCAGAGGUGGAGUUGCCAAGUGUGGUCACAGGACAGAAGGUUGAAGUGAAUGUGGGAGAGGACAGGCUGGUGGUGGAGGCACCAAGGAACCUCCUUGAUAUCUUUGUUCCUGUUUCCCUGGACAGUGAUAAGGCAAAAGCUUUUUUCAUCACCUCCACUAAGGUUCUGGUUUUGAAAGUGCCAAUCCUUCACUCAUGAGAAAAUUGAAGAGGCUGUGUUGUGUAUCCAAAAGGUUCAUUUGCUUUGAAAACAAAUUUGUAAACCAAAGUUUGGCUUAAAUUUUAUUUCUUUCUUACUGCUUCUAACACUUUGUUUUUUUGAGCACCACAGAGACAACAUAUCAACUUUGAGACCAAAGCUAAAGGUCAUGUGUGAAAAAUUGUAUUUAAUCUAUGAUCCAUACCAUCAGGUUUGCUGAGUUUCAGAGACAGAUUAUCCAUUAUCAUCUUUGAAGAACUCUGUUCACUUUCACAAGAAACAAGCCACACUUUCACAGAGGUCCUAGGAGAGGUUUGAGAUUCUCUCCUCUGUAUUUUUAUUUCUUCAGUGAUAUAUGGCAUCUUGGUGAAGUUCUUUCCCUUUAAAGUGGAUCUUAGCUUAGCAUGCACCCAUUUUUGUAUACAGUAAAAUUAUCUCAGGUGUUGAAUAUUUAUUAACAUAUUCAGAAAGCUAAAAUACCUACAUCAUCACAGCAUCAUUUAUGAGUAAAAUAAUAAAGUUAAUAUAGCAGUGAACAGUCUGAGUGAGAGCAAAGCUGUGUAACUUUCCACAUAUGACAUGUGAAUGCCAGUAUAUACUAAGAUAUAUAAGACCUCACAAACAUCUUGUACGGUGUACAACUUUUCACAAAACUUGCUUUUGAGGUGAGUGGUAAACAAUAAAAUAAAAACAUGUUAGUCCAUGGAUAAAAUAAGAUUGAACAAAAGACUGUACUUAAUCCUUCUGUGGCUUGAAAGAUAAAGUGAAAGCAGCAAAGGUUGUUUUCAUGAUGUUGGAAGAUUUAUAAUUGACAUUGAUAACUGCAGUUUUAUUUUAUUGUAGUUGCCAUCAGAGUAUGAAUGAUUAAAUAAAAUUACUACGACUGAGCAA